AGGGAUUUAGUUAAAUGCACCACUGGUUCGCUUAAAACUAGGCGCGCGCACCCUUUACACUGCGGUCGUAGCUGUAGAGUACAAUGUUGCAUGUUCGCACAGAAAUAGUUUGAAACAACCGACAACCAUUUGGCUAACAUCUUUCAUCAGACUGGAGCACUGUGUCACUGGAUGCACAACGGGCAUAUAUCAAUAAUUUCAGUGUCAAUGAAAGCAGGAGUUGUCGGCAUUAGAAAGAUACGUUGAACAUCGUGGAUUAGUAACAGCGAUGUCAAGCUGGAAGCAACUCUAUCCAUGAUAAAUGGAUGUUUUGAGAUCCAGGUAGUUAUUUUGACUAAUCAUCUGCAAGUGACAAAAUAUUUAAACUUUACGCAUCUAGCAAGAGGAUUUGCGCACGGAAAUCUAGAAGAAGGAUGUGAUGGCUAGUGGAGAGCAGGCUAUAACUUUAAACCUUCCGACUAGUUGAAUUUAACUACAGUGUUUUGGGAAAUAACUUGAGGGAAAAAAGCAUUUGAUUCUAAAGAAUUUAAGGCGGACGGAGAAAUAUUUCCAAGAAUAGGAAACAAAAAUAGACCGUAUUUAACAUCCGGCUGUAAAUUAAAAAAAAAAAAAAGGUUGGGUCAGUGACGCACAAGCGAGAUUUUCUGAAAAUGUAUGUUUAAAGUAUGUGAGAGAAAAAGAUUAGGAGGAAGAACUAAUUUCUACGGAUCUAAAAAAUUCUGAAGUUGUUUCGUAAGGCUCUCUGGCGCCCCCUGUCUGAGCCUCACAGGGGCAGCAUGAAGAGGCAACAGUCAUCCUUGGUGGUGCUGCUGCUUCUACUAUUGCUGGUGUUUUUUCAGGACUGUGUUUGUGGGGACGGCAGUCCCGCAGCGCUGUCCAAGGGUCAGCCGACCGUGCCGAACUCCACCUCCGUCAGAUCCUCCCGCAUUCACAUCCUGGCGGCACAGUUUGAGUGCUACCUGAAGAUCAUCAACGACCCGCCGAGAUCCGACGGAGGUGUGUACUGCAAUCGUACCUGGGAUGGCUGGCUCUGCUGGGGGGACUCCAGCCCUGGCGUGGCCGUGCAGAUUUGCCCCGAUUACUUCCACGAUUUCGACCCCUCCGAAAAGGUGACCAAAGUGUGUGACUCCGACGGUCAGUGGUUCCGUCACCCGGAGAGCAGCCGCAUCUGGUCCAACUACACGCAGUGCACUGCCUACACCAUGGGAAAGCGCCAGCUGGCUCUCAGUUCGUACUACCUGGCCAUCGUGGGCCACGUACUGUCUCUGGUGUCCCUGCUCAUCUCUCUUGCCAUCUUCUCUUACUUCAAGAACCUGAGUUGCCAGAGAGUCUCCCUCCACAAGAACAUGUUCCUCUCCUUUAUCUUCAACUCCAUCCUCACUGUCAUUUGGCUCUCAGUCGUGGUCCACGGGCAGCAUCUGGUGGCCAUAAACUCGAUUGGGUGCAAGAUUUUGUCCUCCCUGAUAUCCUACGCCCUCGGCUCCAUCUACUUCUGGAUGCUGUGUGAAGGGAUCUACCUGCACACGCUCAUUGUGGUGGCCGUGUUCAUGGGGGAGCAGCAUUUGGGCUGGUACUACGUCUUGGGCUGGGGCUUCCCGCUGGUUCCCGCGGUAACGCAUGCUGUGGCUCGCUGGCUCUACUUCGAUGACAAAUGCUGGAUCAGUUCGGACACCAACCUGGUAUACAUCAUCCAUUCCCCCAUUUACGCCGCCCUGCUGGCGAACCUGUUCUUCCUGCUGAACAUCAUGCGGGUCCUGAUCACAAAGCUGCGUGUGACGCACAGCGCUCAGUCCAACAUGUACAUGAAGGUGGUGCGGGGGACCCUGCUCCUGGUGCCCCUGCUGGGCAUCCAGUUCAUCCUGGUGCCCUCCAGGCCCCAGGGCCGGCUGCUCAAGGCCGUCUACGAGUUCGUCAUGAACAUCUUCACCCACUACCAGGGUCUGCAAGUUGCCAUCAUUUUCUGCUUCUGCAAUGGGGAGGUGCAGACAGCGCUGAAGCGACACUGGGCGCAGUACAGGUUCCGGUGCAAAGGCCCUCUGGCGACCAACGACUCCCACUCCAACGGCCAGACUUCCAUCACCGAGAUGAGCCGGGCUGUGGUGAGCCUGAAGCCUCAGAAACCACUCCCACCUCUGGAGCCUGACAACAAGCAGGCCAAUGGGCAGAGCAAUGGCCAGUGCAGCUCCAACGGACAGCGGCAUGCGCUCGAAACCUUGGAGUCCACCGUCAUCUGAGCACCUGCAGGCAUGGCCACACACACACAGACACACACACACACUCACACAGAAACACACAUGCACACACACACUCGCACGCACACACACAAACGUACACACACAGAUACACACACAAAUUAUACACCCACGCACGCACACACUCACACACAAGCAUACACCCACACACGCAUACACUCACACGCAAACAUACACCCACGCAUGCACACACUCACAUGCAAACAUACACCCAUGCACGCGCACACACAGCCACACACUUACCGCACACCACCAAGUGGUCACCAGUGGGAUCACAGCGAUGAUGGAUCAGACUACUUAUACACACGUCAGUAUACAAACUUGCAAUUACACACAUACUUUUCCAAAGCUGUAGCCUGGUGUAUAAUUGCCAAAGCGCAUUUACUGGUGAAAACCAGGCCCAUGGCCUCGGAAACCCACAUCCUGCAUGCGAGUGGCUGAGCAGAAAGCACAGGCCACCAGAGACUCCGCUGCCAGGCCUCACUGCAAAUCUGUGCUUUCUGUCUUACUGUCCUCAUGUGCUGAGCACCGAACAGAAAACACUAGCAAGACGUUAUUUCCUGUAAUCUGUGAAGACCAAUCUUGGUCGGUGACUUUGUUCUUCGGCAAACAGUUGUGGUCAAAAUGUGGGAUGGACAAUGGGCGGACUUAAGAAUGGGGAUAAACUUCCGUAUAGGGACAAACUUCCCUUUGUUCUUUUCAUAGGAAAAAAGUGGCUCUUAGAGGAAUGUUUCAGCUCAUCUGGAGGAAGCUGAGUUUGUCGGAGGACUUUUGCCUGCUGAUGUGUUUUCCAAUACACGCUUUAUAUUCACGAGUGCUUAUGCUGUACAAAGAUCAGUUUGUUAAGGCCCAUACUCCUUCACUGCUGAUCUUCUACAAACUUCUAUGAACUCUUACACAAUGAUGUUCACCCAGAUGGAGCGUACUUUUGCAUUGCGCAUGCCUUCUCUGCAAGACACACAUACAUCAUACACACAAGUAUAUCUUAUUUCAUUUUUGUAUGUGUAGUUGUUGCUGUUAUUGAACAAACUAAGGAGUCAGUAGAAUGUGUGUGUAUAAUAAAAGACACACACACAAACACACACCAUGCUGUUAACAGAAUAGGCAAAGUAACUGAAUCAGACAAAGCUAACCUUUGACCUGGAGUGAAGGAAUGCACAGUGGAUUAUGGGUGGCUCAUUCGGUUAAGGCACCACGCUGUGGUGCAUGGAUGAGCUCCAUAGGGCACUGCAUAAUUCACAAUUGCGUUGCUCGGGAUAUGGGAUGGUUCAGUGGGAUCGGGAUCUGCGUUCAUCACUGAGUAGCUCAAUCGGGCACCUGUGGACUGCAUUCGAAAGCCGUAUGAAAGGUGCUCCUCCGACUUCAAUCUGGGAGCUUGGCUGUAGUCUGUGAUGUGAAAAGAAGCAGCUGGCGAGUUUCUGAUGAGACCCAUGGAUGUCUAAACUCUCCCAAAUCGGCAGUGGGGUUGGCAGCAUGAACGCGGCUGCAGUUAGAGACAAUUGGCCAUUCAAAACUGGUGUGGGAAUUGGAGAUGGUCAGCCCCACCUUGGGUGCCAUAUUUAUAUUUAAAAAGUUAAUUAAAAGACUGAAGUCAGCGUUCCUGUGUUUGAAAUUGGAUAACUGACCUGUUCUGUAUAACUGACCUGUUCUGGAGCAGAAUCAUGGGAACGCUGCCUUCAACUGGCUGGGUUUAUUAAUGGGGAAUACACUGGGAGCUUUAAACCAAAUGGCGUUUCAAGCUGAAAAAGAGUUUGGUGCACUGACCCCAUGCUGGCUGGACUGUAAGCGUAACCGCGCCAAGGCGUUGGCCACAGUCUCAUCAGUGUUCUCGGUAUCGCCGCACACUUCAUGGUGUGGUUCAUCAGGCCCUCCCAGCCUGCCUGCGUUCUGCACAUUGUCUGUGUUAUGUAAAAAUGUCGAUGCCUACUGGCUAAAGCUGAAAGUUAAUGGUCAACAUAUCAAAAUAAGGAUUCAACAUCCCUGUGGCACUGCAAAAAAGGUCUGUCUCAGCAGGUGUUUUAGUCUUGUAAUGAGACCUAAAAUCUUAUUUCUUUCUCUUGAAUAGUUAGCUUUUUUAAAGUUACUUUUUGCUUUACAAGUGAAAUUUUCUUACCCCACAGGCAAAUCUUGAAAUGCAUCAGAAUGUCUCACCUCAUUGCCAAUUUUUUCGCCUUAUUUAGAAAAAAGUAAUGGAUGUAAGAUUUUUAUUGAAUACAAGACUAAGAUGCUUGUUAAGAGUGACAUAUUUUUUGUUUUUUGAAGUGUAGCUUUCCCUUCCCGCUCGCGCAAAAAUUUAUGUUUAGUUGUGAAUAUGUGAAAUACAGUAUAUAUAUUUGUCAUUUUUGUCUAUGACAAAGUAGGUCAUGUGCGCUGUCUGUAUCUCUGAGUUUGCCUGACAAUGUUAGAUAAAUUUGACAGCUUUUAAAUACUUUUUUUUAACACAAAAAGUCAUAGCAUUCAGUGGAAUUUUGUUGUUAAUGUGAGAAAAAAAAGCACUUGUCUGAAUAGAUCCCUUAAAGUUACGGACAAAGCGAAUAGCUUUGAGACUUAAUCUGGGUUUAAAUUCAUAUUGAGACAUUUGUUUUGCAGCCUCAAUCUGCAACAGUCCUUUUGCCAAUUUAAAGUCAAAACUGAAGAAUUCAGAACAGCACAAACAUUCCAUUUCUGUUGGCAAAAGAACAGAGCACUUGCAAGUAUUAUUUUUAUUUUCAUAUGAAUAAUUAGUAUUAUUAAUGUUGUUUUCCUGUAAUUGCAAUAAAGGAGUAAAUUACA